CACAAGCAAGGAAACAUAGAGAUAGAGAUGAGAUUUGAGAAAAGAUUGGUGUUUAUUGGUGUUUCUGAUAUCAAGAACAGAGCGCCAUUUAUAAUUCAAUCUCAAUUUUCACGUUCUUUUUGCCAGCUUCAAACAAAGCAGAAGCACCACCAAAACAAUGGUUCUUCUUCUUUCGGAAUUGCGUUCGACAUUGAUGGUGUUAUUAUUCGUGGUCGUGCCCCCAUUGCUGGCUCUUCUCAAGCUUUGAGGAGAUUGUACGGAGAUGCUGGGUCUCUGAAGGUUCCUUUUUUGUUCUUGACAAAUGGAGGUGGAAUUCCGGAAUCUAGACGAGCCAUUGAGUUAAGUGAACUUCUGGGCUUAAAGAUUUUACCUUCUCAGGUUUUACAGGGUCACUCACCUUUUAAAAGUCUGUUGAAAAGAUAUGAGAAUCAACUCAUUGUUGCCACCGGAAAAGGGGAACCUGCUCUAGUAAUGCUCGAGUAUGGUUUCAAAAAGGUUCUCUCUUUAGAUGAGUAUGCCUCUCUGUUUGAGAAUAUUGAUCCUGUAUCUCAAUACAAGAAAUGGACCACUAAGCAGGAAUUGUGUAGCACUAUGAGUACGUCUCUGAAUAUAACAUCAAGAUACAAUGUUUCUUCUGAAACAGUUAAGGCUGUAUUUGUCGUCAGUGAUCCUGUAGAUUGGGGAAGGGACAUUCAGGUUAUCUGUGAUGUUUUAAGAUCCGGAGGCCUUCCAGGAAAGGACAGCAGGCAUCAACCUCCUUUAUAUUUUGCUGCUGAUGAUCUUGAAUAUCAGGCUGCAUUUUCUUCUCAGCGCCUUGGAAUGGGUGCUUUCAGAAUUGCUUUGGAGAGUAUCUUCAACAGAAUUCACCAUAAUGAUUUGGAGUAUAUAUGUUUUGGGAAACCUAAUCCAUCUGUAUUCAAGAAUGCCGAAGCUGUAGUGUCCCAGCUUCAACUGUCUUGUAAUACUGAAGCUCCUCUCAGAGAAUGUGUGGCCCCUGGAUCACCUCCUUUCAGGACUCUUUAUAUGAUUGGUGACAAUCCUUCAGUUGACAUCAAAGGUGCCCGGCAGGCAGGAAAUCCAUGGUUUUCUAUCUUGACAAGGUCAGGUGUUUUCCGAGGGCAACAUAACCAUGAAGAGUUUCCUGCAGAUCUGGUGGUUGAUACUGUUGAAGAGGCAGUGGAUUAUAUUCUGCAAAGGGAGUGCAUUUCUUAGUCCUUUUGCCUCUAAUUUGCUCAAAUAAUUUACUUCAAAUAUUUUCAUAUGUUUCAUGUUUAGAACAUUUAUUUGGCACAAAUAAAGUUUAAACAAAAUGAAAAAUGAAAAGUGGAGGCAUAUUUUGAGACUUGAUUUCAAAAUAGCAUUGUUCAUGAUGAAA